CUAACUUAUAGCAUUUUAAAACGGCAUUAUUAGAUUCAAAAAUAAUAAAAGUAAAUUACUCGUUAAAUUAAUACUUAUCGUUAAACGUGGCAUUAAAUCAUAAAUAUACCAAACCUCUGCAUUUGAAGGGUCAUCAAUGUCAAUCUCUGAUUUUUGAAAAAGAUCAGAUAGAGAUAGAGAGACAGAGGUAGAGAUAUGGAAUUGCUCUUUCUCCUCUGUUCAAUCAUCUACACUUCAAUCACUUCCAUCUUCUUCUCUCUUCUCCUCCCGUUUCGCUUCCUUCUCCACCGUCUCCUUCCUUCACGCGCCGCCGUCGAUCCUAAUGUCUCUUUCUACGAAGGCACAGUCUGGCACGACCGUCUCCGUCCUGUCCGCCACUCUUUCCGUUAUUCCGUUCGUUACGCACUCUUUGACCUCGACAAAGCUAUUAACACACCGCCGGAUCAUUUCUCCGCCGACGAAGCUCGCCGUGUUUCUCGUACCACCGGGCCAAUAUUUCUAUUGACAAUACCACCAAGCGUUGGAUAUGAACAAAACCCAUUGAGUUUAUACUAUUGCUAUGACUUGGAAGGGUCAAGUAAGCGCUUAAGUAAAUGCAUUGCUCAGGUUACAAAUACGCCGUGGGGGGAACGAGUGACAUUUGUAUUUGACCCUGAAUCUGACUUGGUUGCUAAAUCAUUACAAGUCAGUCCUUUCAUGGAUAUGCUUGGGAAUUGGAAAAUCAGAGCUAAUGAACCUGGAGAUGAUUUAUCUGUCUCCAUUGCAUCUCAACAUCCUCAUUUCGGUAACUAUUUCUCUGCGACAUUAAAGGCGAAAAGGAUACCCCUAUCGCGGGUGUCUGAUCCCGCUGUUUUCUUCUGGUUGAUGCCUCAUAAGGUUGCGAUAUGGAUCUAUUGGCAUGCACUUCAACUCUGGUGGAAGAGUGUACCUUUCAUUCAACACCCGAGAUACUCGAACCCAUCAUACAGGGAGGAAGCAGCGAAACGCGAUCAAGAACUUCGUUGCCCCGGGUUAGAUGGGUCUGAUUCUGAUAAAACCAACAAAUUUGAUGGGUUAAAAGGAGAUGGUUGUAGUAGUAGUUUUGGAGGAUGUCGCUUUGCGUGGCGAGAUGCGAACUGGCCUUGGUCAUGAAUACAUACACUCUCAAGGUAAUAAACACACUAUCUUUUCACUUGUCUAAAAAUGUUUAAAAACCUGAACUGAUACUAACCUAUUCUUCAUACCUGAAAAUGACAACAAAUUAUGUUCUAUCAAAUCCUGAAAUAUGAAAGUUACACCCAUUUUUGGUCUUUGCUCAAUGAGAAAGAUUUUGCAGGCUUCUUUUCAUCCUUGGAAUCAUCAGUUUUCUCUUUUGAUUUAGGGGGUAGCAGAUCAUCAAGAGUUUCGGAAUUUACGGUCAUUGUCCAAUGAUAUGAUUGGUAUAAAUCAUUUGAAAAUCUCGUCUCAAAUUUAGUUGGCUUGUUUAAAAUUUGGCUUGAACACAAGUGAACCUUGUUGAUUAAUAGAAAAAUCAACUUUGCAUUUUGAUUGAUUCGUUUGUAAUAAUUCUCAUCUCCGAAAAUCCUAACCUCUGUUUGUUGAUAAGUCUUCAUGUGAUCAUGUGACUUGAUUUCUUGCAAGUUAAAAAUUUGUAUAUAUGUAUACGAUAUAUACUCUUACCCUUAGGUCUAAAAACUUGUGUUACUAAACUAGGUUGUGAUUAGUCGAUGGUAUAUAUUGAUUUUUCAUGUAUUUUCUUUUGAGUCAUUAUAGAAUUUAAAUGGCAGCUACAAUGGCUCUUUUGAGUUUAAUUUAAAGCUGUUGACAAAAAAAAAUAGUUUAAAAGAGUAUUUAUUUUUUAUUUAAAUAAAGUGUGUUGUUUAUUAUAUUAUUGAGUUUGUAGUAGUUGUUACCCUGUAAGAUUUCUUUACUAUAAAACGAGUUUUUGAUGUAAUUUGGAUUUGUGGUUCUUAUCAAUUUACGCAGGACUCAAAUUUGUGGUUCUAAUCAAUUUACGAGAUUUCAUCAAAGUUAACACUUCCAUAUGAAAAAAUGGUCAAUCACCAAUAAAAUACUGAUUUUGGGAUCCCGAAAUCUAUUCUUGUUGAAGCUUAGUGAAAAACUGAUUCUUGGAUCAGC